AUGUUACCCAAAAUCAGGCCUAUCUUCUGGAGCACCUUUAACGUCACCAGUAAAAAAGAGAAAACCUACCACUUUGUCGGUCGGGGAACAAGAGAUUAUCAUAAAUGUAUACAAUCCAUUUCUGUCCUUACGUCUAAUCAAGAAUGCGAAGACGACUCUUCAGUAUGUAUAGAAGCCUUAGUUAGAUCACCGUCGCUGCCGAUUCAUUCAACAUCUAACCACGGUUCGUCGAGUCUUUGGACGAUUGUCAUGAGGUUACAAAACGAAGUGAAGACCCUUAAAUUAGAUGUUAAGAACUUGCAAAUGCAAUUAAAGGAAGAAAAACAAAAUAGAAGUCUUGCCGUUGCUGCUAUCAAUGCGAAAAACUUAUUCAUGGAUGCAAAAGAAAGCAAAUGUUAA